AUGGCAAUUGGGGGAUCUUACAAUAAUAAAUUAGGAAACGGAAGUAGUAAUGGAGGUAGUAGUAGAGGAAGGUCAUAUGGGUUAAUGUUGCUAUUAGCAUUUGGGGCCGCGUUGCUUGGGGUCAUGAUUCUUCACAAGCUCAGGGAAAGGCGAAUCUUCAACCUUCUCAUCAAAGAGAAAGAUGGCCAACUCUUCUCCCUUCAUCUCCUCUUGCAGAAAGAAAGGGACUACAUGAAAGAAGUGAAAAGUAAGAAUGAAGAGAUGAAAGCAAAAAUAUACUCACUUAGAACCAAAAAGAUGGAGCUUGACAGGAGACUCCUAGAGAUGCAAUCCACAAUAGAUUCUCUAAAAGAUGAACAGAGGACCAUGGAGAUUGCAAUUGAGGAGAAGCAAAACGAGAUCAAAAUGCUAAGAGCACAAGAUCAGAUAAGCAAUGAAAAGGAAAAUAAUCAAGUGGCGGCCUUAGUUGAGAGCUUGAAGCAAAAGGAAGCUGAGAUUGAGGACUUGAAACGAUGUCUUCAAAACCCGGAAAAUGCCGGGUCAGUAAAUAAUACAGCUGAGACAGAGCAAAAGGGCAAGAGUGGAAGUGAAGAUAAUGGCGAGAGAAGAAUUAUUGAAGAGGGUGAAACUGCAAAACUUGAAGAUGAAAAUGGAAACAAAGUGGGAGAUCAAAGUGUCAAAGAUGGGGUUACUGAAAACCCCACUAUAGAAGGCCAAGAACAUGACAAGAAUGAAGAUUCUAAAGAUGAGAAUGUGAGUUUGAGUCUCAACAUCGUUGCAAAUUCAACUGGUGCGAUUUCCCGGAAUAUGGUCGGAAAGGUCAUGGAUGGUGAAGAGCUUAAAGUUGAAGGAGAUGGGCAGUUGGGAAAACAUGAAAAGUCACAAGAUGAAGGUGAGGAAAAUCCCGGGAGUGUUGAAGGAGGAAUGAAGUUGGAAAUCCGAGAUGGCUUUGAAAAGAAUGGUAAACGCGGCUCUGUCAGUGAUAAUGUUAAGGGGAAAAGAUGGAGAAAAAUAGCUAAGAGCAGGAGAUUGGAGAAGAGUGGAAAAUUAAGCAGGGUGACAAGGAGGAGGAGUGUAAGAUUCUAUAAAGAUGAGCAUGGUGAUUUGAAGAGCAGAGUUAAGAAUGCAGCUACCAAGGGAGGGGUACUACUAGGGGAAGAUAAUCGCCAAUUAGAAGGAAGAAAAUCUGACGUCUCUUCUUUUGAGAUGCCUAAGAAAGGUGAAGUUUCUAUAAAUGGAGAUGUGAAAGAAUCAGGAAAACAUGGAGGCGAUGAUGAGUUAUUUGAAGAAUACAAGGGGGAAAUUGAUGAGUAG